AGAAGGACGAGGGGCUGAGGACGACCCGACCCCGGCUCCCGUUUCAACCCGUUUCAACCCGGUUCAACCCAUUUCAACCCGGUUCAACCCAUCUGGACAAAACAGCACUUUAUCUGCUCACGUUUGGACCCACUUUUGUACUUUUUUGCAGUUCUGCGCAGAGAUUCUGACUCAGAGGAAGCUGCAGGAAUGAUUCCCAAAAGAGUUUACACAUUUGGAAAGAACUCCAACGCUUAGUUCUUGGAUUUUUUUCAGUUUUUUUUUAUUUUCUUGAUCAUUUCAGAUGAUUUUUCUCACUGCCUUAGAGUGUAGCUGCAAUAUUCCACAUAAUCAAACCACUUGAUGACUUGAUCUGGAGGAAACUGAUGGAGCAGAGCUGAGACUGAGAUGUUUAAAUGCAAAAAAAUCUAGAAGUAUUGUAGUUUUCGGAGUAUUUUUGAAGACGUUUCAGCACUUUUUUGGAUUUUAACUCGUUGUGAUCGGAUUGUACUGAGGUCAUUUCAAAGAUGAGCGGAGCUGGAGCGGUCGUCUGUGAGGGAUGGCUCCGAAAAUCUCCCCCAGAAAAGAAACUGCGGCGAUAUGCGUGGAAGCGGCGCUGGUUUGUGCUCCGCAGCGGACGUCUCAGCGGUGAACCUGACAUGCUCCAGUAUUACAAGAACCCUCACUCCAGACGCCCCAUCAGAAGCAUCAACCUCAACCUGUGUGAGCAGGUGGACGCCGGCCUGUCGUUCACAAAGAAGGAGCUGCAGAGCAGUUUUGUGUUCGACCUGCGCACACAGGAGAGGGUGUGGUACCUGGUGGCCGAGUCGGAGAAGGACAUGAACCACUGGGUGUCCUCCAUCUGUCUGCUGUGUGGAUUCAACCCCACGGACGACGUCCCUGACCGACGUGCGUCUCUGCCGUCCUCUGGCCCCGGGCCCCUCCCCCCCUCCUCCUCCGCCUGCUCCUCCGCCUCCGUCCCGCCGCCGUACGACCCCGUGAGCGUCCCGACUCCACACGCAGAGCCCUAUCCUGGGGAGGAGGAGGAGGACUACCUGUGGCUGUCCAACUGCCAGAGCCACACCAGACCUCCCGUGGGCUCGUCUCUGUCUUUGGACACAGACUACAGCGACCUCUUCCCUGCUCCCUGUGCCACCUCCUCCUCCUCCUCCUGCUCGUCCUCCCCCUCGCUCCUCCCCCCGCAGCCCCCCUCCGCUCACAGGACCGCCCCCUGGACCAUCCCGGGCCUGAGCCAGUCUCUGGACUCUGGGUCGGACCCGUACAAACCCGGGACCCUCGACAAACACACCUCCAGAUCUCGCUGUCACCCCUCCCCUCACCCCCGAAAACACUCUCUGGACCUGCACCUCCGCCCGGCCCCCGUUCCCCUGUGCGGAGACCCCCAGACCUCCACCCCUCCCAGCGUGUACCAGGUCCCCCGGUGCCCGCGCCGUCCCUCCUCCACCCCCAGCGUCGACUCCCUCACCCAGGCCGAGGCGCAGGCGGCCGCCCCCCAGCCGCCCCCGAGACCCCCCAAACCCCCGGCCGUCCCCGCCCAGCCCGAGAGCGCCGCGGGAGGGGUGAGGCCGGCCGCGCUGCCCCGCUCCGGGACCGAACCCCAGGGGAGGGAGGGAGGGGAGGUGGCGGGGCAGAGCAGGACCAGUACAACGACCGGACGAGGUCACUCAGAAUCUUCUUCCACUCCGCGCUCUGUGUCGGACCGAGCGAGCAUUUUUGAGUUCAGCGAGAGUUUCAACACGUAUUUUCUCAACAAAGGACUGGUUCCGUUGGGCAGUGUUUGCUCUGAAGAAGACGAGGCUGAUGAAAACUACGUUCCGAUGAGCGCAGCCACGACGGAACCGCCCAUCGCUCCAAGACCUGGCCCUCCUCCCUCUUCGCUCCCUCCUCAUGAGGCUAACUACGUUUCCAUGACGCCGCUGCCUCCCGCCGUCAUUGCUCCGCCCCUUCCUCCCGCACCGUGCGACUCCUCGACUCUGGGCCGCCAGGUCCCGCCCCCGGCUCACAUGGGUUUCCGAACCUCCCCCGUGACUCCGCCCCCUCGUGGAAAUCCCGUCACCCCCGGCAACGAGCCCCCUCCCAUUCACCGCAACCUGAAGCCACGGAAAGGAGUUAGUGUCACUCCAACAUCAGAGAAGACAGACUCAGAUCCAACACAGAAAGCUAAAGUGAAACCAGCUCCGUUGGACAUGACGUUUGUGCAGCAGCAGGACUGGCAGGAAGUCCCGCCCCCAGUGCGCUCACCUGUCACCCGAACAUUCACACGAGACCCGUCCUGUCGCCGUGACGAUGUUCCCUGCAGCGCUCACAGCUCGUCUCCAUCGUCCGACUCGGAUCCAGACGACAACUACGUCGCCAUGACAACCUCUAACCUCAGCUUCAGCGCCGGAGAAUCGUCACUGAGGCUGAUGCUCCACCGGGCCUCAGAGGGCGGAGUCAGCUGCAGCCCGUUACUACGGCGACACAAAGACAAACCAAUCGAAUACUUGGACCUGGACCUGCACACAGGACGAACCACGCCCACUAGACAGAAGCGGUCUCCGGCUGAGGGGCGCGGCGGAGGGGAGGACACACCCGGAGCAGAGGACGAGCGCGCACGAGGCGAGCGUGCACGGGGCGAGCGCGCACGUGUGGAGUACGUGGUGGUGGACCCCAAAAGGACCAAGGCCCUGAGGAACACCAGAGAAGCAUGGCAUGAUGGGAGAAUGUCCACAGACAAAGAGAAGGCGUAGAGACUGGAGUGUCGUGAAAACUGAAAAAAAAAACUAAAAAUCACUGUAACCACUCGAUCGACCGCUUUUCAAAUCCGCUGAUCUGAACCUGACAAAAAGAACUCAUUUUUUUUUAGUCCAUCAUCUGUGAAAUGGGAGUGACGAGGGCCAUAGCCUGUGUAAAGAAGCGGACCGAGCGAGCGCAGCGUUUACCUCCAGUUAAAUGAAGCUAAUCGAGGCUAGCAGUUAUAGCGGCUAAUCUGGAGCCGAGUUACAUAUUUGGAAUCCCGCCUGCGAGUAUCAUAGCAACCGAAGAGCCAAUCAGGAGUGAGGAUGUUGAAGGUAACGCCUCUUCCUGCCCACACCGCUGGUUUAGCAGGAAGUGGACGCUUAGCGACGCUGUCAAUUACACCUGUUGCUAACGCUAGCAGGAGUGACCUCAGGGCAAGAAGGCGCCGGAUUUGUCUGUUAUUAAUGUUCAUAUCUUGAUUUAUGGACAAAAUCGCAAAAUAAAAACCCCAGGAUCAUGAAGAGGGUUAAUACGAACAUUUAAGAUCAAAAUGACGAGUCUGACAGCAGCAGUUUUUCAAUGUAAAGUGAAUUGGAGCCAGAGUUAAUGGAGCAGGAAGUGCACCCAUGAUCACUUCCUGUUUGGAACACGGCGGCUAGCAGGUUAGCGACGUCCGUUUAUUUAUACAGGCUAUGAUCCAACCACAACGUGCGCUGGGUCA